AUGUUGGCGGGGCAGUGUCGGGUCACGCGUGCCGGUGAGACGCUAGGGCCACUUACGGGAAGGCAGAGACGUGAGGUCGGCGUGGAUUGGCCGAUCCGGAGGCUGAUGGUUGAAAUGGCGUUCUGCUCAUGA